AUGUUUCACGCACCUCCCUUAUCACCCAGUGCUAGUGUGACCGAUCGUCAAUCAGUCGUGUUCGGAACAGCAGCACCGUCACAACCACGUUAUUUUCGUGACCCAAAAGGAAAACUAAAAUAUGCUAUCGAAGUUGACCUAAACGGAUUUCCGGAGGAAAAUAUCAGUGUGACAAAUGUGAGGAAUAUUAUUAACAUUGAUGCGAAAUUUGUGGAUGUUGAUGUGAAUGGGGACGAGAGAACGCAUGAGUUGCGACGCGAAUUGUACUUGCCUGCGAAUGUGGAUGCCAAUUCAGUCACUUGUGUUCUUAGAGCCGAUGGAAUACUGAUCAUUGAAGCGGAUGCAAUGGAAAACCUUCAGCGUCCGUUCAGCCAGCCACACAGUGCUCAAAUGAGUCGGCUGUCUACUGCAAACUAUCUGGCCUCUCCAACCAGAUUCACCAGCCCACCGCCAUACACUCCACCCAGUUUUGACCGUUCCAAUGUUUACGGGUAUAAUGCGGAUCCCCGAAGAAUAACGUUCCACGAAUCGGGAACCGUAGCUCACUCAUCGAGCCGAAAUCGAAGCUCGAUCAGCCAUUUUAACAAUCAGCCCGAAUUUUUCGCCAGACCUCCAUCUGUGAAUCGUGUUUCUUUCGCCAAAUUUCCAACGGAAUACAUACUGAAGUCAUCACCCGCACCACGUCCGGCGAAGAAUGUCCGACUUGUUGCACCCACCGCUGUAAAUCAGUCUUCAAAUGCAUCAAAUUUACAGACAACUUGGAAACGCGGUCUAUCAGUUAGCCCCGAACGGCCGUCUAGACAAAACUUGCAUUUCCCUUAUGGGAAUGUGGCUAAAUCGAAUCAUACAAACUCUUCUCUGGGGAAUAAGCGAUUCACAUUGAAUGUGGAUGUAGGACCGCACGUUCGGCCCGAAGAUCUAUCCGUCAGUGUGCAAAAUGGUGUCGUGGUAAUCAGUGCAAAACGCUUUGUUGGCAACAAAACUUCACAGUUCGGUGUAAAUCGACCCAAUCGAAUGAUUUACGAGCAUCGAAGUGAGCACACGCUCCCGGCUCACGUGGAUCCAACUGACUUGACUUGUCGCUUGGCCAACGGUAUUGUUUCAAUCGACGCACCAUUCUCGAUCGGUAGCAGUCCGAAUUUGGGCUCAGUAACAGCAAAAAACCAAUCGGCCAAACUCAGCUCGGUCAAUUCAAAUGCACAGAAAAAAUCAAUGAAUAACACUAGAAAAUCCUCUUUUCCGUUUGUUCGGGCUAAAAAUAUGUGGCCCGGGAAAUAUACUUGA